AUUAGUGCGGCUGCGUGAGGCGUCCCUGCGCUUAUAUACAUGCCGCCGUGACGUCACUGGGCCGCGACUGGUGACGUCUGUAAUCGCUGGCCCGGUAGGAACUGCGGAACUGGACUUUAAUUGGCUUGCGGGACAUUUAAACAGCUGCGGCCUCUGCAGUUGAACAUGAAGCUGGUGAAUCUAAAGCAAGCCAUCCUGCAGGCCUGGAAGGAGCGAUGGAGCGAUUACCAGUGGGCAAUCAACAUGAAGAAAUUCUUUCCCAAAGGAGUGACGUGGGAUAUACUGAAUCUGGCAGAAGCACUCCUGGAUCAAGCCAUGAUUGGACCAGCCCCCAACCCACUAAUCUUGUCGUACCUCAAAUAUGCCAUCAAUUCUCAAAUGGUGUCUUAUUCUACAGUCCUUACAGCAAUCAGCAAGUUUGAUGAUUUCUCAAGAGAUCUCUGCAUCCAGUCCCUGUUGGAAAUCAUGGAUAUGUUUUGUGACAACCUCAGUUGUCAUGGGAAGGCAGAGGAAUGCAUUGGACUUUGCCGGGCCCUUAUGAGUGCUCUGAACUGGCUUCUGCGCUGCGCUACAUUUUACACUGAUAAACUCAAGGAUGUUCUAGAUCCAGUGGCUGGGGAGAAUCACCUUUCUAUGUGUCUGCAGAGACUGAAAUCCAUUCUCGGCAGCACCAAGAAUCGGGCCCUUAUCCACAUUGCCAAGCUAGAGGAACCGACUUCAUGGACAUCGGUGGAACAGUCUCAGCUCAGAUUAUCCGAGAGCAUCAGUCUCCUGCCUAGUGUUCAGCUCAGGAACCAGGCCGAGGAAUGUGUUUCACUUAUAAGAAGCAUCCCCUCCAUGCUUUCUGUUCAUUCAGACCAGCUUCAGACCAAUGGGUUCCCCACAGUUCAUGCAGUUGUGAUGCUUGAAGGCACCAUGAAUCUGACAGGCGAUGCACAACCUCUGGUGGAACAAAUGAACACCGUAAAGAGGAUGCAGCGAAUCCCAUUGCACCUGUUUCUCUUGGAGGUCUGGAAGGCUUGCAUCGUGGGGUUAAUAGAGUCCCCGGAAGGGACAGAGGAGUUAAAAUGGACGGCUUUCACUUUUCUUAAGAUCCCACAGGCUUUGGCAAAAUUAAAGAAGCUUUCUUCAAUGGAGCAGGAUUUCAAUGAGGAUAUGAAGUGUGCAUUUGAAUACCUUCUGAAGCUGACUCCCCUCUUGGACAAAGCUGACCAGAGAUGCAACUGUGACUGCGUGAGUCUGUUACUACAGGAGUGCAACAAGCUGGGUUUGCUUUCAGAGCAGAACAUGGAAAACCUCAUGGCAAAACGGACAGCGGACAGGGAACAGGCUCCCCGUCUGAAAUCAUCUGAAAACUCUACAAUCCAGCCCAAUCCAGGGUUAAUACUCAGAGCGGAGCCAACAGUCACAAACAUUCUUAAGACAAUGGAUGCUGACCAUUCCAAGUCUCCGGAGGGACUUCUGGGAGUCCUGGGUCACAUGCUGUCUGGCAAGAGCCUGGACCUGCUGUUAGCCGCAGCGGCAGCCACGGGGAAACUCAAGUCCUUUGCCCGCAAAUUCAUCCAGCUGAAUGAAUUCACAAGACAUAUUGGAGUAGAGAGCUCAAAGGCGGCCAAUGUCCGAGCCCUGCUUUUUGAUAUUUCCUUCCUGAUGCUCUGUCAUGUGGCGCAGACCUACGGCUCGGAGAUGAUCCUAUCUGAGGGAUGUCCAGGUGGCGAGAUGCCUUUCUUUGAAAGUUGGAUGCAAACGUGUAUGCCAGGGGAAGGGCGGGUGCUGAAUCCAGACCACCCAUGCUUUAGGCAUCCAGAUAUUGCAAAGGUGGAAGCCCUGGUCGCUCUGCUCAAUACGUCCACAGAAAUGAAGCUGGCUCAGACAAAGUGGCAUGAGGUGUGCCUGAGUAUCCCUGCAGCAAUACUGGAGAUUCAUAAUGCCUGGGAAAAUGGUGUAUUGUCCUCUGAGGCCAUUCAGAAAAUCACAGACAACAUUAAAGGGAAGGUGUGCAGUCUGGCUGUAUGCGCAGUGGCCUGGCUCGUGGCUCACGUCCGAAUGCUGGGACUAGACGAGCGAGACAAAUCUCUGCAGAUGAUCCGGCAGUUGGGAUCACCCAUGUUUGGGGACAAUACUUUGCAGUUCUACAGUGAGCGUGUUAUAAUCAUGAGCUCUAUCCUGGACAACAUGUGCUCUGAGGUUCUGCAGCAGACCACCACUCAGAUAAAAUUCUCAGCCGCAGGAAGUGAGCCGAUGCCGUACAUUCAUCGCCUGCCUCCUAAGACGCCCAUAAAGGAAGUUCUGCGGGGGGCAUUCAGCUCCACCUUAGAGAAGGGAUGGGUCGAUAGCCGUACCCUGCACAACUUUGAUACGUUGCUUCACAUGGGGGGUGUCUACUGGUUUUGCAAUAAUCUUGUAAAGGAGCUGUUGAGGGAAACCCGAUUGGAGUUUGCUUUAAGGGCAGUUGAGCUGCUCUAUGCCAUCUUCUGUUUGGACAUGCAGCAGCUGACGCUCACCCUUCUAGGACACGUGCUGCCCUCCCUGCUUACAGAUUCUGCCAAAUGGCACAUGCUGAUGGACCCUCCUGGCAGAGCACUGGCAAAGCUAUCGGUCUGGUGUGCAAUGACCUCUUACUCCACCCAAAACAAGGGACAGCCAUCUCCCCGGCAGAGGAAACGGCACAGGGAAGAUAUCGAGGAUUACAGCAGCUUAUUUCCCCUAGAUGACACCCAGCAAUCAAAACUCAUGCGCCUUCUGAGCUCCAAUGAGGAGGAACACAAUGUGCAGGCCAACCCAGUGGAUCGUCCAAUGAACAGCUCCCUCUCUGCCUCCCAGAUCCAUAACAUCAGCUCCAAAGAACCAUUGAACAGAGUUCUUGCCAAUCUUUUCCUGUUGAUCUCGUCUGUCCUGGGAGCCAAGACGGCGGGUGCCCAGACGCAGUUUGUACAGUGGUUUAUGGAGGAGUGUGUAGAGAGCCUGGAGCUGGGUGGAAAAGGCUGCAUCCUGCAGUUCAUGCCGUUUAGCAUGGUGUCUGAGUUGGUGAAAGUCUCUACGUUAUCCAGUCCCAAAAUUGUGUUGGCCAUCACAGACCUGACCUUGCCUUUAGGACGCAGAGUGGCUGCGAAAGCUUUAACGGCUCUGUAAUGUUACUGUGACUGUCAUUUGCCUGACGCCAUUGUGGUCCUUUGCCUCCGACACGGCCAGAUCUGUAACAGAAUCAAACUCCAACUAGAAGCUGCACUGGGCCCAUUACAUGGACUUCAUAAAUGCUCCUCUAGUGGGAAUCGCCCAAAAGCCUUCUUUUUUUCUUUUUUUUAUUGCUCACAAUAUUUGCUUUUCUACCUUAUUUAAAAAUGUAUUAAAAAAAGGUGAAUGUGGGGAAAUAAAACAUUCAGUUUUGGUUUGUAAAA